AUGGCCUGUCCCGUGCGUCCGGUCCUCUUCCUCGCCAUCUUGCUGAGUCUGGCGGACACCCUGGAAGCUGUGCCUGUUCACAGGGGACGAGGAGGCUGGACCCUCAAUAGUGCCGGUUACCUCCUGGGUCCUGCCCUCUACCUUCCCUCGAAGGCAGACCAAGGCAGGAAGAGGGACUCGGCUCUGGAGAUCCUAGACCUGUGGAAGGCUAUGGACGGACUCCCUUAUUCCCGCUCUCCAUGGAUGACCAAGAGGGCCCUGGUAGAAACAUUUGUCAAGCCCAGGAGUGGAGAUCUGCACGUACUGGACAGGGAUAUUCCCAGCGAAGAAGCUGCCCUGCCGUGA